AUGAGCAUUACUGACGCAUCCCUCUUCUCGCUCCAGAUCGGAUCCCUUACCCCAAUGACACACUCGCCCCUUGCUAAGAUCCUGGAGGGCGUAGCUACAAAUGCUUGCUUGGCUAAUUUCUCCUUGCCGGGAAAUUUCCCGUUUGGCACCCCCGGCGCCACAAAAUACUAUGCCCGUGAUGCCAUCACCAGACUCAUAUCUGGCGAGAAGGAUAAUGUUGAAGAAUACAUUGACCGAUACUCGGAUAUGCUAGAUGUGGUGAACCCUGUUCUGGACGUGACAACAUUUCGAGAGGAAGUCGAUCGCUACUGGCAAGAUCCAAAUGCCGUCGGAUUAUGCUGGCUGGCGCAACUGCUCAUGGUCCUCGGUCUGGGCUGCUUCACAUCCGGAACCGAUCCUCCCAUUGCCAUAGAAUUCAUGAUGGCCGCUGAGGCAUGCAUCAUGCAGACGCCCUUCAUGUUCCGCCCCACGAUCAGUACGGUCAGGGCGUUCGCGCUCAUGGUUGUAGCUAAGCAGAUUUGCAACGCUACGUGUUGGGCUAUGGAUUCAUCCUACACACUCAUGGGCCACUUGGUUCGCCUCUCCUUCAUUCUUGGUCUGCCUCAAGAACGCAACGACAACGACGAAGAGCUAAGGGACCCUAUAGAAAAAGAAAUACGGCGGAAGCUGUGGCUCACAAUUCUGUACCUUGAUAUCAAAGUCUCCAUGUGCACGGGGAUGCCGCCAUUGACCCGGCCGGAAGAGUUGGGUGGCCAGAGAAAUAUGCCAAACUGGCGAGCCCCGGACAGUCUUCAGAUGGUCCUCUUUCAGAGCCUUCCCAUUGUACUAAACAUUCUUGCGCAGAUGAAUUCGAAACGAGACCCCAUAUCCUACCCUGAUGUUCUGCGGUAUAACACGCAGCUCCGAGAGCUGAUGGGACACGCCCAGCGUGUUUGCCAAGCGCCUCUACAACGCAUUACCGUCGACAUAUUCCUAAGGCGAUGCCUCAUGGUCAUGCACCGACCGUUUGCUCUGCACGCGGACGGACCUACCUUGUUUCCGGAAUCUUACUGGUCAUCAAUGGAGUGCUCGCUCGCCCUGUUGUUUCACUAUCGUGAGCUCUGGGACCCAGACGCCCCUCAACCACAUGAUUUGGUGGGCCGGCCGUUUGUUCUUGAUAUCUUCUCAGCGACCCUGACCACGUGCGUACACAUGCUACGUCAGGAUGCUCCGCUGAGCGAAGCAGCCGCCACCGGAUGUCUCAUACCCCCUCGACAACUUAUCCUCGAGACGCUCGUUAGCUGUGUUGACAUUUGGGCGGGAGAGCAAGAGAGGAGUGUGUGCUGGCGGACGGGAUACCAAAUCUUGAAAGCUCUCAUGGUGAUUCUGGAUGCUCCUGGAGCACAGGCUAAGUCUCCCGAGAUUGGACAAGCUCGAUGA